AUGUCUGCAUCUACGAGUAAAGACAUCCAUACAUCUCGCCUGUGUUUCACUUUAAAUAUUUAUUUCUCUCUCUCUCUCUCUCUCUCUCUCUCUCUCUCUCUCUCUCUCUCUCUCUCUUCUCUCUCUUUCACUCUCACUCUCUCUCUCCCACUCUCUCUCUCUCUCUCUCUCUCUCUCUCUCUCUCUGUACGCGCGUGUGGAUGUGUAUAUUUCUCUCUCUUUAUCAUCCUUUUUCUCACUCUUUCUCUGUUUAUAUCUCUCUCACUCUCACUGUAUAUGUGUCUAUUUUUCUCUCCUACUCCCUCUUUCUCUCUCUCUCUUACUCUGUAUGUAUAUGUGUGUGUGUGUGUAUGUGGAUAUGUAUAUUUAUCAUUCUCAUUCACUGUCACGUUCUCUCUCUAUCUAUCUCUCGUUCCUUCUCUCUGUGUAUCUGUCUGUUUCUCUCUCUCUCUCUCUCUCUCUCUCUUUUACACUGUGUGUGUGAAUGUGGAUAUUUCUCUCUCUCUCUCACUUUUUUCAUUCUCUCUCUCCCUCUCUCUCUCUCUCUCUCUCUCUCUCUCUCUCUCUCUCUUUCUCUGUGUGGAUAUGUCUAUUUCACUUGUAAAUACUGCAUACAAGGGAUGA